AAUUUUCCUUUUUAUUGCUAUACACUGUCCAUUCCAGCUAUAAUGGCCGUUUUCCAAUUACAGCACAAGAGCGCAUUAUGCGGCAUAAUGCUCAGCUAAGUUUCAGCAUAAUUCGGCAUUGUGCCUCACUGAGUCGCAUUAUGCUCUGUAAUUGGAAAACUACCAUUAAGUAAUGGUUAAUUACAGAGCAUAAUUGGAAAACUACCAUUAUGUGAUGGUUAAUUACAGAGCAUAAUGCGACUCAGUGACGCACAAUGCCGAAUUAUGCUGAAGCUUAGUUGAGCAUUAUGCCGUAUAGUGCGCUCUUGUGCUGUAAUUGGAAAACGGCCACAGUAUACAGUGAACAAUGAAAAACGUAGUUAGUUUUAAUAUUAACCACCAAAAAAAAGUAAAUUCACCAUUCAUUACGUGAAACGAACCGCACUGUGUUCUACUUCAGGCAUUUACAAAUGUCGGCUCGUGAAAGCGACGAUGAAGGACCCUCCACUCCGAAAAAAAGAGAACUUACAAGAAAUUUCUAAAAAAAAAUUCUAAUAAAAUCCGACCUGGCAGCACUGGCCAAGAACCAAAGGCCAAAGUACUGCAAUUUUAGUAGUACCUGGUUACCAUUUUAUUUCAAGCAAGAGCAGUUGUUAGCGGCAGUGUCUGAAUAAAGUUUUCAAAAAAAAAAAUCGCAUUUAAUUGUAACAAACAUGACAUCAUUGUUAAGUUAUGAGACUUUGGUCCACGCUAUAGCUGGCGCUACUGGCAGCGUCGUGGGCAUGACAAUAUUUUAUCCUUUGGAUACACUCAGGUCACGGAUUCAAGUUGAAGAUUCGAAGAAGUUGCAAGGAUCGACACUGGAAUUAUUAAUAAAACUAGCCAAUGAAGAAGGUAUUGAGUCUCUUUACAGAGGGCUAUCACCAGUUUUACAGUCACUCUCAGUAUCCAACUUUGUUUACUUUUAUUCAUUCCAUGCAUUACGAAAACUAUAUUCCCAGCCAACAUCAGCAUUGCGCGAUCUACUUUUUGGUUUAAUUGCUGGAAGUAUCAAUGUUAUUUUAACAUCACCGCUAUGGGUUGUAAAUACAAGAAUAAAGUUAGAAAAAAACAAUUACAAAAAUUUAUUUGAAGGUCUCCUUGAACUGGCAAGAACGGAAGGCGCAAAAGGCCUCUGGUCUGGAACUGUUCCUUCACUACUUCUGGUUUCAAAUCCAGCUAUUCAGUUUAUGGUGUAUGAAUCUCUAAAACGAAAAUUUAUGUCCCAAGGCUCAUUUCAUACAUAUACUUCAUUUUUGAUUGGGGCUACAGCAAAAGCUGUAGCCACAACUCUAACCUACCCCUUGCAAGUAAUUCAAUCUAGACUUCGUGCUGGUACAAAUUUGAAAACAAUGGUGAAAGAUAUUAAGUCAAAACCCUUUUCAAUGUUCCGUGGACUGGAAGCCAAGCUUUUGCAAACAGUCAUGACUGCUGCUUUGAUGUUUAUUGUAUAUGAAAAACUUGUUAUUUUAGUUUUAACUAUUAUGAGAGUUAGGAUGAAAAAAAUUCACUGACUAUAUAAAAAUUAAGUUUCUCAGAGUUACAGAUUAGAAAAAUUUAACAUCCUGUUUCUCAUUUAAUAAGUCUAAAUAAUAAUCCAAUAAAAGAAAGAAAUAAGAAAUAGCACAUAGCGAACAUCAAGCAUUGGUAAAUAAGGAACUUAUUACCGAAACUGAAUGUUGUAAUUUACACGACCUUGUAUAAUUAGUAUAAAUGUGCUAAGUUUAAUAAUGGCAUGUCUUAUUUUCAAUGUCAAAUAUAGCAGAGUGUAGUUUCUGUUUUUCACACGACCAGUUUUAUUCUAUUUAUAAAGAAUAUCUAACCAUUAAUUUAAUAUUAAAAAUUUACCAUUUUUUAUAAAAAAAUUUGGGGAAGGGGCAGGAAAAUUAAAUAAUGGUUGUGGUAAUUUAGGUAUGGAUAAUAAGGAUAUUAUUAUUUGAAGUAGACGUUAACUAUGUAGGACUAAUAAAAACGAGACGUAUAUGCAAUAGUUAUUACUUUUCAAAAUCUUACAUGUAUGUAUCUGAUGUCAUUCCAACAACAAUCUAAUCAUACGACAAUCAUGCAUUCUGUGCCAGUUUUAGCAUUAGCAAUAGUUUAGUUAUAUUAUUUAUUGAACAUGUUAGAGAAGUAACAAUUUAGGUGUUAUGUACAAAAGACUUAACACACAUAUAUGAACUCCUUUUCAACAAACCAAAACCAGAGUAAACUAGGUUUUAUGAAUUAUACAAGUAAAUAUCAAAAGUGAAUAAAAUGAUAUGGGAUCGUGGUGCACAAUGCAAUUACCUAAUUUGUUAAAUUUUAUUUAAUCAUCAACUUACAAAAAAAAUUACAUCUUUCUUUUUCGUAAUAAAUCUGUCUGUACUUUAUGCGCCGUCUGUCAGUCAGGUCAGUGUUACCAAUAGUUAGGUACACCUAAUUAUUCCCACAAGGCCGUCCUGGUCAGUCGUCUGUCCCAGAUGACUCGUAGUCGAUAGCAUCAGCAACCCAAGGUUUCAUCAUAUAAGUGGAGCUACAGGUGGGAUGGGCUCCUUCACCUUGACCAAUCCUCUGGAGAUCAUAACGGUCAUUCCUCUUCUUCUUCACGACUCUAUUACUAGGACUCUAGUCCUAAGUAAUGAGAAGCAGCUUGUAGCCCUGAACAAAUUGGGUCCUCUUGAUAGCAACAAGAUUGCAUACUUCAUAUUCUCUCGAGUUUUCUUGUCUUCUGUAUGUUCUCUCUUGCUUUCUUCUUCAAGUCUGGUCGUCCAUCACAGGAAAAUUUAAGAUUCUCUUCAUUAAUUAAAUUGUAGAUAGCUUAAUUUUUAUUACAAAUUUUGACACCUAUUAAUAAUUCAAAAGGUGACAUCAUUAUGCUUCUUUGAAAUGAACCAUUUAAGCAUCUCUGCAUAUUAUUGACGUGCUUGUACCAGUUAGGAGAAUCAUCUGCUGAUAAUUUACUUAGAACAUCAAUUAUUAUCUGAUGGACUCUCUCAACCUGUCCAUUUCAUCCAUAUUGGCCAGUAGUCAUGGUAGUACUUCUGUCACUAAUCUACUUCUGUGGAGCGCGAAAGUGAGUGGAAUCCCUCUUCCCUCAGCGAAGAAGGCGAGGUGGGCGGCGCGGAUACGAAUCUCCCGUUGUGGCGGUAAGUAUAAAGAUGUUUUCAACGGGUCGUCCACUGAGAGCGUCAGCAUGUUUCAUCCUUGUUCCAGGUCCGUGUUCUAUAGUGUAAUUAUUCUCUUCCGGCAACAGAGCCCAGCGUGCUACUCUUAAGUCUUUUUUCUUUAAAGUCGUUAUCAGGGCAGAGCAGUUAGUGAUGAUUUUGAAACGAUUUCUAAGCAGAUAAACUCUGAAUUUCUUGACAGCUUCAACAAUAGCUAAAAUUUCUAAAUAGUAUCUAUGAUACUUCUUUUCUACAGGUGAAGUCUUCCCACUCAUGUAGUAAACUGAAUGCAUCUUAUUAUCUUUCAGGAGUAUUUGUAACGAAUAAUACAGCUUCAUAGCCGUCAGCACUUUCAUCAAGUUAGAGUCCGGUUUUCAAGUCUUGAUUGUAGAUCCACAAAACUGGUGAUUGGUGCCUAAUAGCUCUGAGCGUCUCAACUGCCUUUUUACAUUCUUGGUCGGAGCUGAAAACAAUAAUUUUCUCAAAAAGUUGGUUAAUGGCCUUGCUAUAAGAGAAUUUUUUUUAAUAAAAUUUCUGAAAUAUGCUGUAAGUUCAAGAAAUUAUUGUAGAGUCUUAAUAUUGUGUGGGGUUGGAAAACGAGCAACAGUAGUCACUUUUUCGUUUGAUGCACUGAUUAUACCAUCCUCAAUGAUAUAGCCCAAAUAGUUAAUUUUCUUCUGCAUAAAUUGACAUUUACUCCAAUUUCAUGUUAGUCCAUAUUCUUCAGCUUCGUAUAAAACUUUUUCUUAAUAACUUUGGGAAAUUUAAAAGGCACAAUCAGGUCAUCUAAAUAGGUCAAUACCACACCAUCCAAGAUCAGGUCCAGAAAUACAUCAUUCACAAAUCUCUGGAACACCAGAAGGUCCAACGGAGAAACCAACAGGCAUUUUUUUUUAUCUAAUUGGGAACGACGAGUCACAAAUGAUGUAUACUUCUCUGGCUGUCCUUGCAAACAUUCACAUGAAAAAAACAAAUUUUCAUGUCCAAUGCUGUAAACAUUGUAACGUCUUUCAACCUUUCUAUCUGUUCUUCUAUAAGUGGAAGCAGAAAUCUCUCUUUGAUUAUCUUUUUGUUCAGUGUUCGAUAGUCGACACACAGUCGUUACCUUUUUUCUUCUUUUUUGUCAGUAUUAUUGGACUUGCAAAGUCUGAAUUACUUGGUUUAAUUACACCAUCCUUUAGCAAUUCAUUUAUUUGUUUAUCAACAACAAACAUACAAUAGACAGUUCAUCAUCAUCAUCAUCAUUUCAGCCUAUCGCCGUCCACUGCUGAACAUAGGCCUCUCCAAUAGAUUUCCAGUGCGACCGGUCCAUUGUCACCUGCAUCCAACGAGACCCAGCGCUUUUUACUAGGUCGUCGGUCCAUCUAGUAGGUGGCCGUCCCACACUGCGCUUGCCAGUACGUGAACAGUAUAAUAAUAUAAUAGUAUAAUAGACAGUUAUUCUUCACCAAAAAAUUAAUCUUUUAGAAGUACGAAUUAUAUUUUUAGAAUAAGGUUGGAAAUCAGCCUAGCGUAGUAGGCAGCGGAUUGACUGACCGUUAACCCACUUUCUGUCCAUGAAUGACCUUAACCACAUAGGUGAGACAUUGGUUUGUCUUGCUUCAAAAGCAACAGUAAACUGGUACACUUGAAAGUGAAAGUAAACCAAAAAUUAGACAUCCUCUACAUCUAGUCAUUAUUACAUCUACAUUUAUUGUUGAGUUAAUAAUUAUAGUACUAUAUUGUUUAAAAUUAACUUAUCAAAAUUUUUUAUUUCCAUGACGUAACUGUCACCUUUAUACUAUAUUUCAUUUUUGAUAAUUGUUAGUUUAAAUCAAAUUCUCUUGUUAAGCUAUUGCAUAGCUUCUAUCGCGGGCCUUGAGCGCGGCGACUGAAUCAAGAAAUUCCGUAACGAAAAUAAUCUGACACCCCCCCUACGCCUACUAUGUAGCUCGCGUUCAUCACAUUCACACGAUGCGCUGGUGUAGUGUUUGUGAAUAAGCGCGCGGCGUGACGUCGCACUGCAAGAGCAUCAUGAAAAGUCUGCCAAUCUCUCUCUCACGCGGUCUAGCUUAUGAGUGUGAAGGGGACAGUUAAUGUUUUGCUUUUGUUAAUGUUUAUAAAUAUAGCGUGGUCUUAUUUUUAUUAUUGUUUUAAUAUUAAAUUAUUAUUAUCUAAUUGUAAUUGCAUAAGUUGAUAAAAAAUGCUUUGCAAUAGCUUUACCGCGGCAGUCCCCGAGUGCCACAUUUUUGUUUUUGAACUAAUUUUGUCGACGUUGUUUACUUAUAUUUAACUACUUAGUUAAUAUUAUAUUAUUUUUGACACUAAGGAAAAUUAGUACAUUUAGUAUGUUUUCUAAUUAAUUUCAAAGCUACUCUUCAUUAAUUAAACUGUGAUUCAAUAUUAGUAGUAAGUAGUUAGUGUGUAAGAAUAAAGAAUGGUUUUGGUCAGUCACAGAAGUUUCGUUAAUAAAGCUUUGUUUAAAA